GAAUGCAAAAACAGAAGCUGAUUUAAACCUGGCCCAGGCUCGUGUGAGAGACCUCGAUGCUCAGCUGAAUGUGCGGGAAGCAGACCUAGCCACGGCUCUGAACGAGAACCGAGCUUUGGAGAAUGACCUUCAUGAAUUAAAGGAUCAACUAGUCACUCUGCAGCUGUCACUGGAAGAUACCAAAAAGCACCUCCACAGUGAAAUGUUGAAGAGAGUGGACCUGGAAAAUCAUGUGAAAACUUUGCAGGAAGAAAUGAUGUUCCAGAAACGCCUUCAUGAAGAUGAGCUCAAGGAGACAAAAAGAGUCCAUGAGAGCAGGAUAGCAGAAAUAGAAUCUGGCCGUCAGAGAGAAUUUGAGAGUAAGCUCUCAGAUGCUCUGCAGGGGCUCAGAAAACAUCAUGAAGAACAAAUUCAAGGAUACAAAGAGGAGCUGGAGCGAACAUUCAGUGCAAAAAUGGAGAAUGCCCAUCUAACUGCAGCAAGAAACAGUGACUUUGCCAAAGCUGCUCAGGAGGAGCUCAUGGAAACAAAGAUGAGAGUUGAUACUCUGACAUCUCAACUGAAUCAAUAUCAAAGCCAGAAUGUUGCUUUGGAGAACAGAAUAAGGGAGCUACAGGAGACAAUAGAUAAUGAUCGUGAUCUCUAUCAAAGGCGUAUGACUGAAAAAGAGGAAGAAAUGGCACAAGCCCAGGAGCAAGCACGAGCACAGCUGGAAGAAUAUGAGAACCUCUUAGAUGUGAAACUGGCUCUAGAUCUGGAAAUAAGUGCCUACAGAAAGAUGCUGGAAGGAGAGGAAGAGAGGCUACAGCUGUCACCCAGUCCAUCUUCACACAGCAUUGCACCUCAAGCAACAAGUCAAGGGAGACUCUUCCUGCAUGGGAAGAAAAGGAAAAUGAAAGAAGCCAAAAGGAGAGGGCGUAGUGCUGGCUUUAAGACUGUUCAGCAUGCCUCAUCUUCUGGAAGUGUAUCUAUUGAAGAAAUUGAUACAGAUGGGAAAUUUGUCAGGCUUAAAAACAACUCUGAUGAGGAUCAACCACUACACGGAUGUGUAUUAAGAAGACAUCUUGGAAGUGUGUCAGAUAUAACAUACAAAUUUCCUUCACAAUUCAUUCUUCAGGCGGGCCAAGUAGUUACAAUCUGGAGUGCAACUGCUGGUGUAAGCCCAGGUCCUAGUGAUCUGGUCUGGAAGUCUCAGAAGUCUUGGGGAACUGAGGAUAAUAUUAGUGUUACACUCAUCACAGAUGAUGGUGAGGAACUCGCAGAGAGGAAGGUAAUAUAUAUACCCAGAGGAGAAGAAGGUGGUGAGCAAGAUGAUGAUUAUGAAGAACUAACUGGAAGUGAAAUGGAGUUUCCAUCUCGGAUAAUUGCUGUUUCAAGCCCGAGUGGGGAACUAUAUGGGCCAGAUAACAUUCUACGUUGCACCUUGAGCAAGUCUCAACUUGGCUGA